GCAUUCUACGGCCUGCCGCUGCUGGUCAUAGGAGCGCGAGUGCUGUUCUUGAGUUUUUACUCCUGUUUUCGGUUCGGUGGGACCCUCCGUCAAACCAGGAAAGGUGGGCCCUGUGUGAAUGUGUGUGACUGCUGGCCACGCUAAAGCAAACAGCAGCACCACGGAAGAACGGAGGAACGUAUUUGCAAAACUGCACCGAUCGCGGCAUAUCCUUUGCCCUCGCCAAACCAUACGACCUGCGUGAGUGCCAGCGAUUCGCAAACGCGCAAAACAAUCGCGCCCAACGCGGGGGAAGAAAAUCGAUUACGAGCAGCAGCAGCAGCAGCAGCAGUGUGUGUGUUCAGUGAAGAAGGAAAACAGCAGCACGAAAAGCACAAACAUACACAUGGCUGCAAAGUGUGAAUUGUGAAUGGUGCAAGUUUAAUCAAAAACGUAGAGCUGCACACUAGCAAACAACACCAAUUAAUGCAACUAAGCGCUCCCUCCCUCCAGCUUCCCUGUUAGUGUUAGAGCUGCCGCUUUCUUGCCUACAAACCCCCUAACGCCUAGCAAACGCUCCCAACGCUCAGCGCGGGAUAGUGUGUUCUAAUCGGCAGACGCAAACGCAACAGUAACGGUGUAAUAAGCAUAAAAUAGCAACAGCAACAACAACAAAAGCGCCCCCAACAUCAUUGUGAUAGAGAAAUGCCUCCCACAGGAGAGUGAUUGCCGAUUUGUGUCGCUCGAGCUGCUUGCGUUUCCCCCCCCUGUGUUGUUCACGUGUAUGUGUGUGUGUGUGUGUGUAUCUGUGCGUGUUCUUACUUUCCUAUAGUCGCCUUCUAACGUUCGUGCGUGUGUGUGUGCUGCCUUUUCUGCGUCCGCGAUUGUGUGGUGAUCGCGAACAGCAAACCAACAACAGCAAAAAACCGCCCUCCGUGUGAAAGCAAUCCAACAAGACCAAAAGCAGCUCUAGUUCGGUCUAGCCAAAAAACGAAACAAAAGUAAACAUACGAAUAAGAAAACAAAAAAAAAAAGGAUUAAAAAUACGUAUUUGUUUGGAUUUGUGCAGUAUUAGUACUAGUAUUUCACCCACCGCGAUACAGGUCCGCCUGUGGGUCCCAGCUGUGGUUAUCUAACAACCGUUUAACCAUAAACACGGACAAAAAAGCUCCCCCUCCAGCUUCCCUUGUGCUCGACACCUCCACCUCCCAUCCACCAACGCCCACCAACGAAAUCGAUCGAACUCGAGAUAUCUACAGUGUUUGUGUGUGUUCUAGAGCGCGCGCGUGUCUCCGUCUGUGUGUCAGUGUGUGCUCUAUUGUUUCUUCUUCGUCUUCUUCUCCUUCCGUGCCGUGUUCUUUUGAACCACCCCAACAAGCCCUCCAAAUUCGCCGUUUUUUUUUCUUCUGUUGUUGUAUACGUGUCAAACCUGCGCGUCAAAUCGCGUGGUCCAUCGCCGCCGACUAUCGAACGACGAACGCCCGCCCACCCACCCAUCCACUUGUCCACACACGCGAACGUACGCGCCCGGAUAAACGAUCACCCGGAGCGAAAGCAAACAAAAAACAAAAACAAAACAACAACAAAAAGUGCGCGAAACAAUCGAUAUCGAGCGCGGGGCCGAGCGUGAGAUGAGUGCUCAAGGAGCGGGCCCGUUCUUAGCAGUGCCCAUCUUAACCGCCCACCAUCGUCCGCAGUUAAAAAGUGUGCACUAAAGCAAUACUGUCCCCUCCCCCCCAAUAUUGGUCACAACAAUAGGCCGAGUGGUAGAGGCGGAGCCCCCACCCCUUCCCGCCAGCGAGCCGCUAGUGAUUGAUCAUGAUCUUGACGGUGAUGAGACCGCAUUUGUCGAUGCAGUGUAGAACGGGGUAAAAAGCGGACUCCCCUCCUCCCCCCAAAACAGACCAGUGCUCUAUUGUGCCUCGAAACCUAUCUUCAACCUGGUGUGUGUGUGUGUGUGUGUGUGUGCGUUUUUUUGCUGCCAUCAGGACAUCGGGAAAACCCCGGUCGUAAUCGAGGGACUGAGGCGCACGUCGAACACACGUUAAGGCAACGGAAUCGACCGUGACACCGAAAAGGAGGCACACUAUUACGAGAAAGCAAUAAGAAAAGAGAGAGAGAGAGAGAGAGUGAGGAGAGAGGAGAGAGGAGAAAGGAACACACGCGAGGACAAGAAAUCAGAUCAAAAGCUCAUCGAGAUGGAAGGAUGUACUUGUGAGGAUACGGCACGAGUACGGAUUUAUUAAGGAGCCACCGAGUUGCAGAGCCCAAACACAACGGAUUCGGACGUGCUGGAUGUGUUGAAAGAUGCCUUUAGAAAAUUGUAAGCGUAGGGUACACAGUACUGGCGAUUACUGCAGCAAUCACAUUUUAAGCAGGAUUACACGCAUUCUAUCCCCGUCGGCCGUUCAUCUAGUGUAGAUGUGUGAAGAUGCCUUUUAAAAACUUUCAACGACGGGUUAGUGGUCCUGGCGCAUACUGUAACAAUUACAUACAGAGCAGGCAAGAAAACGCGGAGUUU